AUGGCCGACUUGGAGCUUACUGAUACCUCUAUCGACUCGUCUUUGGGCCGCAAAGUCAAGGAUGUGGCCGCGGGUUUCGUGGGAGGGGCUACACAGGUGCUCAUUGGACAGCCUGCUGAUUUGGUGAAAAUUCGGCUUCAAACUUCAGGAGGAAAUACCAGUGCCAGUCAAGUUAUUAAGGAUGUGAUCAAGAAUGAAGGGCUUUUGGCGUUCUACAAAGGCACAUUGCCUCCCUUGGUAGGUGUGGGAGUUUGUGUUUCUCUUCAGUUUUACGGGUUCCAUGAAUGCAAGCGUCAGUUGUUGAAGCGGUCCAACCAGACCGAAUUGAAUUUGUGGCCUCAAACGUAUAUUGCUGGAGCGUGCGCUGGAAUAGUGAACACUCCUGUCACGGCGCCGGUUGAACAGCUUCGUAUUUUGAGUCAAUCGAGCAAGUCUUCAGGAAGUCCAUUACUUGCAACCAUCAAGUCCAUCUACAGCCAGAAUGGAUUAGUUCGAGGGAUUUAUCGUGGAACAGGAAUCACGUUGCUUCGAGAGAUCCAGGCGUACGGAGUCUGGUUUUUGAGUUACGAAACUUUGAUCCAAAAAAUACAAGUGUGGAGGAGAUAUACUCAUCGAGACCAAAUAUCCACUUUGGAACUACUCGGAGCCGGUGCUCUUGCGGGCAACUUUCUCUGGAUCUCGUCGUACCCCAUCGACGUCAUCAAGUCCAACAUCCAAAGCGACAAAUUUGGCGCCGAUUCAAAGUUUAAUGGAAGUGUUUUAAAGGCCACAAAAACGUUGUGGGCCACUCAAGGUGCUCGUGGAUUCUGGAGAGGAAUUGGUCCGUGCUUGGUCAGAGCCACACCAUGUAGUGCGGGUACAUUUGCCAGUGUGGAAUUGGCGCUCCGGGUAAUGGGAUAG